AGCAGAAGAGAUGAGUCCGGCUGGUGAGCUUAGAAAGGCGAAGAGAGCGCUGUUGAUCCAGAUGCCCGCCAUAGGUUCACUCACUGCAUCUCCGGUCAUCCUGGCGUGCGCAUGGCGUUCCUCUGUUAAAUACUUCGGAGCAAUCGCUCGCUGCUCCUUUGCCACGAUGAGCAAAGACGGCGACCCUAAUCAGCUCGAAGCCAUUGUCCAGAAGAAGCGAGCUCUUCGAUCGAAAAUACGCAGGGCGCUCAAGAACAUGGACCCUCUCCAAAGAUCUCAAGAAGUUAUGCAGGCAAGUGGGCCCAUCAACUUGUUCAUCUUACCUGGGCUGGCGUUUGACAGAUCUGGAAGACGUCUAGGACGUAGUAUGGGUUGCACCUGCCUACUCUGUACAGAUGGUAGAUGAGGGCGCCAUCGCUGUCACUCCUAACGAUGUUCCUGUGGUUGCAGUGGUGUCUCCGUCUGGCUUCAUUCCAGUUAGCCCUACUGCCAUGAAGAUAUCCGGUUGAUUUGAGGUGAACAAGUCAACUGUGAAGAGCUAAGACGUUGAAGCAAAGAAGAUAUCCGGUUGCCCUUUUGCCAUGAAGAUAUGUUCCAUGAUCUGUAAAGAUUUUCUUUUUUCUUUUUUCUGGCUGCUAAUCUGCAAGGACUUUAAUCCAUUCUAUCUGCCAUUAACUUUCUGUCUCAAGCAAAGAUGUUAACAAAUCCGGACAAGGAGAGAAUGAGAACUACAGAA